AUGGAGCUAAGGAUAUUAGCUUCAUAUGAGAAGGCUCUUAUGAUUCUGAGAUGGAGUGGUUCGAUCGGACAACCCCAGAUUGAAGGAGUAAUGUCAGGUGCACCAGGAUCUCUAAUUUAUGUCGAUGAAUUUGAAAAGGGUAUCAAGGAUCAUCAGGAAACUGACAAUAUCUCAAAGAAGAGGAAGAUAUUGCCCAUAUGGACGGACCAUGUGAGAGUGAGAUAUGAGACUAGGUUGGAAGGACCCCAUGAAGAUGGCAAUAGUUGGAGGAAAUAUGGUCAGAAAGACAUCCUAGGAGCCAAAUAUCCCAGGUGAGACAUUCUGAGCUGGGUCGGACUGAGGGCAGUGCAAAGAGAGGCAGUCACUGAAGAGGGGCGUGCAAAUGAGAAGGGAAA